GCUACAGGCAUAUUUAGCUUGUCAGUUUUCAGUUGCUCAGACUUGCAAAAGGGUUUUCCUUAACCUGCAAGUUGUCUGUUUCCUUUAUGCAUGCUUGAGUUAUUUCUCUUGUACGUAUUAAAGGGGAAAAAAAGCCAUAUAGACAAGAGACACCCCUGCAGCAGUACCAGUGGAAAAAAAUUCUAGAAUUUACAAGAAACCAAGGUGGAAUUUUUAAAAGUGCUCAAGUGGAUUUAAAAAAAAAAAAAACCUGAAAUAUGAUCGGUUUACUGCUCCUAUGGAUAUGCACAUUAAUUGUGAACUCCUUGACUCAUCCUGCUGUAAUAAUCCCACAAGACCCAACUCUAACAAUAGGAUCAUCACUAACCGCAUCUUGCUCUGUGGACCCAGAUUUAAACCUGAAAGUUGAGGACCUGUUCUGGACCCUUAAUGGGAGAAGGCUCCCAGCAGAGCUGUAUAAGAUACUCAACAGCACAUCUUUAAGUGUGGUCUUGAAUAACCUGAAUGGAUCCAAGCAGCAGUCAGGAGAUAACCUGGUGUGUCACGGCAAAGACGGGAGAAUCCUGGCGGGCUCAUGUCUUUAUGUUGGAUUGCCCCCUGAAAAGCCAACCAAUAUUACCUGCUGGUCAAAGAAUAUGAAAGAUCUAACCUGCAAAUGGAUUCCAGGAAGUGAAGGCGAGACAUAUCUGCACACAAACUACACAUUGAAAUACAAACUGAGGUGGUACGGCAGAGAUAAUACAUGUUUAGAAUAUCACACCAUGGGGCCUUACUCCUGCCAUAUCCCAAAGGAUCUUGCCCUCUUCACACCCUAUGAGAUUUGGGUGGAAGCUUCAAACAGACUUGGAUCCACCACCUCUGACAUAAUAACCUUGGACAUUCUUGAUGUGGUGACCACAGACCCACCAUCAGAUGUCCAUGUGAGUCGAGUUGGUGACUUAGAGGAUCAGCUAAGUGUGCGCUGGAGUUCCCCACCCGCCCUAAAGGACUUUCUCUUUCAAGACAAAUACCAAAUUCGCUACAGAGUUGAAGACAGUACAGAAUGGAAGGUGGUUGAUGAUGUGGGUAACCAGACCUCCUGCCGACUGGCUGGGCUGAAGCCAGGAACUGUGUAUUUUGUCCAGGUCCGAUGCAAUCCAUUUGGAAUUUAUGGAUCUAAAAAGGCUGGAAUAUGGAGUGACUGGAGCAAUCCAACUGCUGCCUCCACUCCAAGAAGCGAAAGAAUAACUGGGGUAUGUGACCCAAAAAGUGGGGAGCAGAAUUCCACACUGCGACGAGAGCUAAAGCAGUUCUUUGGUUGGGUCAAGAAACAUGCUUAUGGUUGCUCCAACCUCAGUAUCAAGCUAUAUGACCAGUGGAGGGUGUGGCUGCAGAAAUCACACAAAACACGGAACCAGGUAGGUUCUACCAGGUGAUAAGUUAUAGCAUCUUAUUUCAGCCGAGAAAGAGAACACAAAGGAGGCGAAGCUGAAAGCUUAAAGCAAGAUGGCAGUCAAACACAAGCACCGCCCUGGAGAAGACGUUUCACUGCAUCUUUGGCAACCUGGCGAGGACCUUUGUUUGACAAAGACAGGCGAGCAAAAAUGAAGUCACGCAUUUUGACAUAAAUGUAAAUAACAUUCAGCUCCUGAAUUCGUGGAUUGAAGGUGACCAAAUAAUCUUGUGGAAGACUUUUUUUACUAUGAUUAUUUUUCAGUGUUUUAUUUGUUUUAAAUUUUAUUUUUUAUUUAAAUUUGUAAAUUUAGAACAGUUUUGUAAUGGCCGCAGUUGUACCGUCUAUGUUUUUGUCUAGUAUCUAAAUGUUUUGUAAAGUUUGCUUUGAGUUUCCUUUUUAUAAUUCCUAAUGUCCUAAUGUGUUCGUGUUUUUUUAAGUUUACUCCCUCUUGUAAAAUAAUAUUUUCUUUAAAAUAUAGGAUAUUUGUCCUACCAAAGUAGCUGUUUAUGGGACUAAGCUCUUUCUUCAUGGUAUAUAUUUAAUUGUUUUGCUUUUUAGAUCACACUCCAUUAAUUAAACAUUUGGUAGUUACUUGUGCAAUUGAGGAGAAAAGCUUUAAGAUAACAGUGUAUUUUAUCUGAAUCUGCUUUUACAGGGCAAAGCAUGUUUACUUGGAAUAUGGUAAAAUGGGACUUUUAAUUUCCAGUGAUCUCAGUAUUCUAAUAAUCUAAUGGUCUACCACUAGCGCUGGCUAAAGUAAAACAGGAACAACAUUGUGUAGAAUAUGCAAUACAGUCUAUUGAAAUUUUGAGACGGUUUUACAGUAAAAAGGAAUUGAAGCUCAAAUUUUCCAUCUCGGAAAAUGUUUUUUUAAUUGCCACUAAGUAAGAUAGUUCUGUCACUGGAACUAAAUUGUCUCAUUUUUUUUGUUCUGACAGAGAUUAUUGCCUUGCCAUCUCUACUGGGUGGUACUUAAAACUGCUUUGUACUUACAAAUACAGUACUGUCAAUGUGUAGCCAUCUAGUUGUUGUGGAAUUGCAAGUCCUACUAUGUUGGAAGCUGCUGUUCAAACGCUGGAUGGAUACAGUGUUACCUUCUUAGGAUAAAUAGUAAAAUUCUACAUUCAGAAA